UCUGAGGUAGACGCGAGUGUGAAUUGCAAAAUGCAGUUGACAACACUACUGUUUUGUAAAAAGGCAAUACAGUCUGCAAUUUUAAGAACGGAGAAGGAAUUUAAAAUAUCCGUGCCAUGGGGGAGACUAACUGGUCUAUCCUGGGGGAGCUCCUCCCUCCCGCCUGUGUUGUUCUGCCACGGCCAGAUAGACACUUGCUCCUCCUUCAGACCGCUGGUCAGCCUGAUGCCUGAAGAGUAUUUCUACGUCAGCAUCGACUUACCAGGCAACGGAAAGUCGGACAGGCUGCCUCCAGGUGCCAGACUGUCGGCGAUGGACCUGGUGCCUUCCAUAGGAAAGGUAAAGAACCAUUUCGGAUGGGACAAAUUCACUUUCAUUGGACAUUCUCUUGGAUGCCAUCUUGGAAUGUACUACAUCUCUGCUUACCCCGGGAUUGUGACCCGGUCCAUCCAUCUGGACCCUCGGAUGCCCCCGACUGUAUUCGGUAUAGAUAUUAGGACAUGGUAUUUAAACUACUACGGCAAGUUCUACAAAAAUUAUGAGAGACUGAAUGCGGGAGUCGAAUCUGCUCCGCGGUAUCGGUAUGAAGAGAUCCGUGAAAAAAUGAAGACUGCUAGAAGUUUAACUGACGAAGCAGUGGAACAUGUUUUAGAGAGGUGUUUGGUUCCAGCUGGGGACGGGCUCUAUCGACUGUCCUUCGACCAACGCUUCCGGGACAUCAUGAUGCUGCCCUUCACAAAAGAACAAUACGAGCAGAUUUGGACAUCUUCCAAAACCCCUUUACUUUCUAUCACAACUAGCCAAUCGAUUUCUGAUGGACACUUUAACUUCUCUCCGUACAUCAUAGACAAUACAGAGUGGCCCAAUAAAAACCAUAGACAUUUGACAGUUGAAGAAGUUCAUGACGUUCAUUUGAACAAGCCAGCGGUUGUAAUAGAUUAUGUUAGAGACUUUUUAAAAGGAACUAGAGUUGACUAGGACAUAAAAUCUCAAUACAAAGUCAAAGGACGCUGAUGGCAUUAAAAUAGAGAAUUCUUUCCUUUUCGUUCUCACCGCUGCAACUUCUGUGUAGCCAGGAUCUACAGCUGGAUCGCCAACAAAACCCAAUCAAUGAAGGCCAAGUUUGACCUGGAGAAAAUAACUGUCAUUGGAGCCGCUACGAAACCGCAAGAAAAAAGUUUUCAUACAUUUUACGUCACACGUAAAGGGGGCGGAGGAAAUCUAUGAAGUGUGACGUUUGUGACAAGGGGAAGACAGGGGUUCUAAAUAAACAAAUCUAAGUCUUAGAUCUAAGUACAAAUUUUUAAUAAUAAAGCCUCCACGUGUAGUGUGUGAGAUGAUUGUUACUUUCAAGAUUAGA